CUUCACAUCACUGAUUGACUGAAGCCACAAUCGUUUGUAUUGAAACAAUACCAAUUCCACCGACUUGGGGUUUCUCAAGGUCGUGCUGAUGCAAAAGCGACCAUUCACCCCAACAUUAUGACAACCGGUCCGUCCUCCCCGAACAGCGAAAAAGCGUGCGAGACGAAAUUCGUACCCCCAUGGCUUGGCGUCCACGUCGCCAGGCCUGGUAGGCGCAAGGACGCGUACAUACACAUGCUUUUGACGUGCUCUCCCCUCCUACUGCUUCCAUCAGAAAAAUCACCUAUGUAUUUUGGCCUCAAAUCACCCGUCCUCUCCGCUACAAGCGUGCAAUUCGGCUACAUUCACGGUCGGUACCUGGUUUGGUAGUGUAGCCGCAGCUGUCGCCGGUGCUACUCAUGCUCAUAUCAUGUCCAACGACGAUUCGGGAAUGAGAUGAGAAUCUGGCGAAUCCGGUGGAGGCUGACUGAUUCCGUACAAGGAUUGAUGGUUUCUGACGCCGGCCAAAUGUGUCUCGACCGGGAGACUGUGACUGUCACGGUCAGAUGAUGCAUGUUAGAUUCACCUUACCUGGAGGCGUCGUCCGGUCCAUGCCCAUGAUUUCAGAGUGGCAUCUUGUACCUCGGUUCUCUGAAUGACAAUGACCAAUCUGUCGAGAUUGCAGUUUGGCUGGCAGGGCGCCUCUGGGGCCAUGAUCUGCUGACAGGGAUGCCCUCUCAGGAUUGCGAGCGGACAGACCAGAACGACUUCGCCCCACAGCAAAGACAUCAUCACUCUGGAGCCCUGAACUCGGCGGGUAGGGUGGAGCCGGGAACGAGAAUGACUGGAUGAGGGGCAAAAAACGCUUCUGUUUUCGCCGUGCUUGUUCCGGACGUCAUGCUGCUGCUGCUGCUGCUUUGUCCCCCCAAGUUCCCCCGAGCUCAACCUUGCGCCCUGCUGCAUGUCUCGCCCUACACACGAUUGAAAAGUCUCUUUCGUCAUUCGUCAUCCUCUUCCACUUACUCGAUUCUUCUGCGGGAUCCAUGUGGCAUCCAUGGUGAAUCAAGGGUUCUCUAUGUAAUAUGAAUGCUACCUACCCUCUUCUUAACCCGUCGCCACCCACCAUCUUGACUUCUGAUCCCUCCACAACUAGUUUUCCCUGAGUUGCCCUAAUUUUAAAUCCCUAAACUCCUGCCUACCUUCGAGACGGCGGCCUGGUAAUCAAAAUCCUCAUCAAUUUCCACCACCUUCCACGCAAUCCACGACUUUGAAAUAUCUCAAAGACGUUUGCCUACUGCGCCCCGCCUACAUCCGGAGAACCACAGUAAACAACGAGCAACCUUCGGGAUAUCUCCGAAAGCUGGUUGAAAAACACACGCAUACACACAUACCGUUACCCUAUGGCCUGCUGGCAAAACGUUGAGAACACAAUUAGAAGCAACACCAUUUUCAAACAGACGCCACCUCGGUAUAAGCACAGAAGGUCCUAGUCGAGGAUAGACUACGCAACCCCCCGACGACAACCCGCACAUACUGGUCCUCUCUCUGUGAAGUGCUGCACAGGACCAAAAUCCUUAAAACAAAAAACCAUACGACCCAGCUACACGCGCGCUCACGAACACAAAUACAUCUAAGUGUUGACCCCCACUGUCGUCACCAUGCACGACUUGCGUCUCAAGGUUCUCCGCGAAAGUGGCAAGACAGUUUCGAAGAAGGCGCGAUCUCGUCCCGAGUCCGCGCGAGCCUCGAUGAGAAACUCGCCCAAUGUGUCUCCCGGCCACUCCCAGAUUAACUCGCCAGCCCACUCGCACGCCGGCAGCCGUUAUGCCUCCGAGGAGGAGGGCAGUGACGACGAGUACGACGACAACAUGACUAUGAGCACGCUCUCCAACGGAUCAGAGACGGCGUUGGACGAGGCCACUGAAGCAGCAUGGACGCAACUCCUCCAGGACCGCAUUGUCGAGCUGCAAGAUCGGAAGCGAACGAAUACCAAGAUUCGCGAGACCACGCUCAUGUCGUACCUGCAUCUUGUCAAGCACCACUAUGGCGGCCGUCAAAUCACCAACUCACUGACCGAGAUCGUCACGGCCUUGAUGAAGAACAUUAGAUCCGGAGGUGGCUCUCUUGAACGCCUCAUGUCGCUUCAGUCCCUCGCGGCCACGCUGCUCACUGUACCUUCAGACGCCUUUUUCGAAGACAUAUAUCCACAACUCGAGAAGACCCUAGAAGACGAUGAUAACAAUGACGUCAAGGCCGCCGCCAUCUGGGCUAUGGCCAUCACAGCAAUGUACGGCGGCGGCGGCGAGGACGCAGCGAGCGAGUUCCUCGAAUACCUCGUCACCAUUGUGGAAAGCGACGGAGAGGCUAUCGGAGCAGCGGACAGCGGCGACGUCGUCACGUCAGCGCUCGAGGCCUGGGCUUUCGUCGCCAGCCAGAUGGACGACAUUAGCGAGAACGUUUACUCGGCCAUCGACGCCUUCGUGGAGCAGCUAGACAGCACGGAUGUCGAUGUGCAGGCGAGCGCUGGCUUCAACAUCGCCUUCAUUUUCGAGGUCGCGCGGGAACAAGAAGAGGAGACUGGCGAGCCGAUGAACCUGCAAUACGACCCGAAGAAGCUCAUCGCACGUAUGGCCGAGGCGUCCAAGCCAUCGGUGAAGCAGACGGCACGAAGAGACAGAAGACAUCUGCGCAAGCAGUUCGCCAGCAUCGUCUCGUCUCUAGAGCAUGGAAAGGGACCCGGGUUCUCUAGCGCCGGACGGCCAGCCUUCAACCCCCACACUGGCGGCACCAAGGCCGACCCACGAUCGGGCGGCAGAGGUGACGAUGACGACGACAUGCGUGGCUUCGGGUACCGCGAGAAGCUGCGUCUCGGUUCUUCCGUGGUGUUGAUCGACUCAUGGUCACUUAUGGCUCGAGUUGAGGCGGCGAAAACCGUCCUGGGAGGUGGGUUGCCUACCCAUUUCAACGACAACCCUACCGUGGCAGAGCUUCUCGGCGGCGCCGAGACAGAAGAGUCAGUUGGACAGACGUACGCAUUGAAUCCCAAAGGUGCUAAGAAAAUGAAAAGAUAGAGAGGCUUGGGCAUGUGAAAUACGGAAGAGUGUGUCUAUUAGUCAGCGUCACCCGAAUGGGACUCCGGCUGCCAAGACGAGAGAGACUCGAACUAGGAGCGGAUUAUAUCGAAUGUUUUUUCUUUCAAGAAGUAUAGAGACUUCACGGCCUUGGGGCCAAACAAAAAAACGGAAUGCCGCAUCUGGGAUUCGGGGACAUCAUUUCUUGUGCGGGAUGCGAACGAGGCAGAAGAUACCACUGAGCGGAAAAUACUCGCGGCAUCAAUCAAUCAC